CGGCUCAGAGACACGGAAACUGUCCAACGGUGCAGAAAUGGCUGCUGAACCCACCGGAGAAACACCCGCUCUGGCUGCCGAGUACCACUCACCCUCCGCGGGGACAAGCGAGAGCAAUGGCCAGGACAAAGAGAAGGGCCUCAACGAAGUGGAACCAGCGGAACCUGGCGCCCACGUAGAGCUGAAGAUGGAGGAGGCGGGCGGGGAGGCCAGUGAGGAGAAGCCCGUUGAAGCUGCGGACAAGGCCCCGAGCGAGGCGGAGGCACACGACGGCACCGUAACGGUCAGCCAGGAGAAGACAGCCGCUCCCGAAGAACCAGAGACGAAGCCCGAGCCCGAGCAGAGUCCCGGAGAGGGCAACAGCGAGCCCGCCAACGACAGCACCAUGAAGGAGGCGAAGGAUGAACCGGGGGAGGACAGCCGGUGCUCGGAGGCGGACUGCGAGAAGAGCAAAGCGGUGGGAGAGGACGGGGAGAAACCGAGCAGCGGAGGCGGGGAGCUGGACGACAAGAGGCGGCCCAGUGUGGAGAUAUCAUCCUCGGACGGUGAACCGCUGAGCCGCAUGGACUCGGAGGACAGUAUUAGCAGCACCCUGAUGGAGAUGGAGAGCACGGUGUCCAGCGGACGCUCCACUCCUGCUAUGAUGAACGGACAGAUCAGCACCAGCUCCUCCGUGGCUAAGACCGUGGCCUACUCCUGCUGCUGGGACCUCUGUCCGCAGUGCUUCAACUCAAGUCCUGAUCUGGCUGAGCACAUCAGGGGCAUUCAUGUGGAUGGACAGAGAGGAGGGGUGUUUUUGUGUCUGUGGAAGGGCUGUAAGGUGUACAACACACCAUCCACCAGUCAGAGCUGGCUCCAGAGACACAUGUUGACCCACAGCGGAGAUAAGCCCUUCAAGUGUGUAGUCGGUGGCUGUAACGCCAGCUUUGCCUCUCAGGGAGGUCUGGCUCGCCAUGUGCCGAGUCACUUCAGCCAGCAGAGCUCCUCUAAAAUGUCCAGCCAGGCCAAACUCAAAGAGGAGUCUCCGUCUAAGGCUGGACUUAACAAGAGGAAGAAGCUCAAGAACAAACGCAGGUGCUCCCUACCGAGGCCCCACGACUUCUUCGAUGCUCAGACCAUGGAUGCUAUUCGCCACAGGGCCAUCUGUCUUAACCUCGCCACCCACAUCGAGAGCGUGGGCAAUGGCCACAGUGUGGUCUUUCACAGCACGGUGUUGGCCAGAAGGAAAGAGGGGUCUGGCAAGGUGAAGGUUCUCCUGCACUGGACACCCGAGGACAUACUACCUGACGUGUGGGUGAAUGAAACGGAGCGAUCUCAGCUGAAGACCAAAGUUGUGCACUUAUCCCAGUUACCGCAGGACACAGCCAUGCUGCUGGACCCAAACAUCUAUAGAGCACUUCCUCAAAAGCGGCUGAAGUGCAGCCUGUGAGGAGUGGACUCGAUACUUAAGGGGAAAUCCUUGUGCAUAGGACAUUUAUGUGUAAGGGAUGGGACGCUCUUCUUCUGUCUCUGCUGAACGGGGGAAGUGAAGAGGCGAUAAAAAGGGAGUUCUCCUUUUUUUAUAUAUUUUGUGUACAUGAAACAAUGGUUGUAGCCAAGUGUGGUGGUAAAAAGAGACUAACCAUUUUUUAAAGAAACUUUUGUGUUCAUCAAAAACUUAAAUGAAUGUUUUUAAAAAGCACCAAGCUGAACAUAUUCUUCAUACCUAAUGGUGUUAAAAGCAGUUUUGUGUACGUUUGUCAGAAGAUGCAGCAUCUUUUAUAACUGUUUUGUGUAAAAUAUUUAUGCAGAUUUGUAACUUAUUUUUAUACCAUGUACUGUGGCUUUUUGUGAAGGUUUUGAAUAGAACCGUAUUAACUGUGAUAAUAUAUGUUAACUAUCACUUAUUGGGAUAUUUGAACAUUUCUAGUUGUAAUUAUGUUGUACAUAACAAAAGUCUUAACAGAUGAUCCUAUUUAUACUUCCUGAAUGCAGUACUGUUAGCUGUGUGUAGGACAGCGAGGUGUGACACUGUGUCAGUCAUGUCAGACUUUGUAUUCAAUACAUUGCAAAAAUGUUACAGAAGCAAUAACUCUGUAGUAGCUCUUAACCCAGUAUGUAGAGUACUGCGUGAUAUGACUCUGACAUGUUAGCACACACUUCAAGUGUAAAUCACACCAGUUUAUCAACUUAAACAGGAACUUUGCAUAUCAUAGUCCGUAUGAUACAUUUACAUCACCGCCAUUUACAAUUAUUGAUAUGAAGUUGUGUUUUCUACUGUGUUUGGAAAUUGAACAUGUGUUUUUAAUAAAAUGGCGGAAUCGACAGAUGUUGACAAAA